CGGUCCAGGUUACGUUGUGACGUCAGCGUGGAGCCUGUGGACGGAGGGAGCGCGCAUAGGUCGGGAGCAGAGACAAGAGGGCUGGCACUUGCAUUCCUGUCCAGGAGGAGGUCAGGGGCACGGCCACAGCCGACGUAUGCCCAGCGAGAGGAGGAGUUCCACGCCCCCAUCCCCAGACCCUGACCACCAAGAGAUGCCUGUGCCAGGACGGGCUCACUUAAGACUGGCCUGGAGAGCAGACUCUACGUGUGGGUACCACAGCUACCAGGACUGAACUCGGACAUGUUCAGUGGUCAUCCCAGAUGAGCGGAUGGAGGAUCGCUCUUACGUCACCUGGUUGGGGCUAGAGACGCAAGACGGCAUAUGAAAGCUGCGAGUGGGCACUGCCAGGGCAGGACGCUGAGAAGCUGCCACCAUUGAAAAAGUUGGAAUAUUGCAUUAAAAAUAAGUUUUUGUCACUGCCAUCCAGACAUAGUGGAGUCUCACCUCUUCCAGCAUCUCUCCAUUGGUUUCUUGCAUACCAAGAAGUAGAAGAACGCAGAAGAUACCGCCUGCUCCCCAUCGCACACCAUGAGCUCCCUGCUCCCCUUUGACAGCUUGCUGUGUAACCUCCUGGGCCUCUCCGUCACCCUGUGGUUCACCCUCCUGCUGGUCUUCAUCAUCGUCCCUGCAAUAUUCGGAGUGUCAUUUGGCAUCCGCCAGCUGUAUAUGAAGAGCUUGCUCCGUAUUUUCACGUGGGCAACUCUGCGGAUUGAGAGAGGAGUAAAGGAAAACAGUCACACGCUGUACAAGCCUCUCAGCAAUGGAAUCAUCGCCAGAGACACCAUGUCCCUGGAGGAGGGUAUGUGGGAGCUGCGCAGCAAUGGCCGGUCAGUUGGCAAGCCGGAGUUCGAGCUGUCGGACAUCUUUUACUUCUGUCGGCAGGGCAUGGAGAGCUUAGUGGACGAUGAUGUGACCAAGUGCUUCUCUGCGGAGGAGCUGGAGACUUGGAACCUGCUGACCAGAACCAACUACAAUUUCCAGUACAUUAGCCUGCGUUUAACUGUGCUGUGGGGGCUCGGCAUGCUGGUGCGGUACACCUUCCUGCUGCCACUCAGGAUUGCUCUGGCGUUCACGGGGGUCAGCCUUCUGGUGGUCGGCACUUCACUAGUAGGAUACUUACCGAAUGGCCAGGUGAAGGAGUUCCUGAGCAAGCAUGUGCACCUCAUGUGCUAUCGGAUCUGUGUGCGUGCCCUUACUGCAAUUAUAACCUAUCAUGGCAGUGAGAACCGGCCGAGGAACGGGGGCAUUUGUGUGGCCAAUCACACCUCUCCGAUCGAUGUCAUCAUCCUGGCCAGUGAUGGAUACUAUGCUAUGAUUGGACAAGUCCAUGGGGGCUUAAUGGGAAUAAUACAAAGAGCGAUGGUAAAGGCCUGUCCUCAUGUUUGGUUUGAACGUUCAGAAGUCAAAGAUCGCCAUCUGGUGGCUAAAAGGCUGAUGGAUCACGUUGAGGGCAAAAGUAAGCUGCCCAUCCUAAUAUUUCCUGAAGGUACCUGCAUCAACAACACAUCGGUCAUGAUGUUCAAAAAGGGAAGCUUUGAAAUAGGAGCCACAGUGUAUCCAGUGGCCAUUAAGUAUGAUCCUCGCUUUGGCGAUGCCUUCUUUAACAGCAGCAAAUACAGGAUGAUCACCUACCUCCUACGAAUGAUGACAAGCUGGGCCAUAGUGUGCAGUGUUUGGUAUCUACCUCCUAUGACACGUCAGGAAAAUGAGGACGCAGUCCAAUUUGCAAACCGGGUGAAGUCUGCCAUCGCUCGGCAGGGUGGACUUGUCGAUCUGCUCUGGGAUGGAGGGCUGAAACGUGAAAAGGUCAAAGAUGCUUUCAAAGAGGAACAACAAAAGUUGUACAGUCGUAUCAUCUCUGGAAACCAGGAGAACCGAAGCCGCUCGUAAGCCCCAGCAUCGGGGUGCAGGCUCUGUUCUACCCUGCUGCUCCACACCACAGGAAGAAGACUCUGAGCCGCAGGAUUCCAAGCCAUGAAGUGAGGGCCGAGGGAACACACAACAUGGAGUCCAUCCGGAUUCAUUUGUCCAUGAAGAACUGUAAUAGUAGGAGGCAAGGGGCUUUUACUAGGUGUCGGCUGCACCCAUGGGAUCACAUGUUCGAAACGGUUAGGAAGACGGUGGUCUCUUAACCACGGGUCUGUUUCCUGACUCAACUAUUAUUUUGGUUUGAAGGCUUAUUGAAUGUUUCGGGUCUCACAGAAUGUAACUGUGAGACAUUACACUGUUACAGGCUGCUGGUGAUAUGAAACUAGUGCCACCCUCAAGGGAUAAACCUGACUCAUUAGAACUUGCCUGAGAACCAAGGUUACAGGACCUGAUCACCUGCAGGAACUAAAGUGAAGCCAGCAAGGCUUGGACCUCUUCUUACCGCCGUGGCUGAUGUUUUCCAGUACCCAGCUUCUCCUGAGACAGACAAGUCAUUCAGUUUCUUUCAAGUUAUCUUCGCUUCUUGUCAUGGAAGAUGGACGGUGGCUCGCUCUUAACAAUCCUUUAAGCCAAAAACACUACGGGUUAAUGAUACCAGUGUGUUUGAAACCCCUCCUGAGAGUCCAUAAUGAAUGAGACAUGUGCCUCCCUUCUUAUCUGUUACACCCCGUCCUGCAUGGGUCCUAGGGCCACGUUCCUUGUUUUGUUUUUAUAAGGUCAAUGAAAUAAAAUAUCUUGGCAAA